AUUAGAACUUGUGAAGUGCAUAUCUCAGAAUUAUUUUCAAAUUAACUUUAAUUUUAAUAAAAACUAUUUUUAAGGAAUAUUAUUAGCAGGAAUAAUUGAAAAAGAAACCACAACAAUACUGCCAAGACAUGGUGUACGACAUGACGCAUAUGGUGCCGUCGCAAAAUAUAGCCUUGGGCCGUUACUAUUUGCAAGAUUUGAAUAAUUUAAAUAAUAAUGUCGAGAAUGAAGAUUAUGCCGAUUUUGAUUUUGAUAAAAGAUAUCAGGCUCGUAUGGAUUGCGAAACGCCUAUUAGUCCUCAAUCGAGCAGCAGCAGUAGACCUGCUCCACCACCUACGCCAGCUCCUAGGCGACGUACCACGCCCAUUACACAUUUAGAUCCAGCCGAAUUAGUGGGUUUGUCUCGAGAAGAAAGACGUCGCCGUAGACGUGCUACUUUAAAGUAUCGUACUGCUCAUGCUACUAGAGAACGUAUACGCGUAGAAGCUUUUAAUGUUUCUUUCGCGGAACUACGUAAGUUAUUACCAACUUUGCCGCCUGACAAGAAAUUGUCCAAAAUAGAAAUUUUGAAAUUGGCUAUAUGUUAUAUUGCUUAUUUGAAUCAUGUUUUAGAAACUCCAUAAAAAGUUCGCUUGAGAUCGAAGAUAAAUUCAAAUGUUGCAAAUUGAAGUUUUAUCAAAAUGAAACAAUUUCCAAAGGUUUUACUUUAUCCGUUUAAAGUCUGAGAACUUAGGAUUUCAACAUAACUAACCACAUCAAUUCAAAAAUACUAUCAUUAUCGUUUUAUUAGAUAUGAUUCCGUACUUUUUAGUUGUCCUGGUUUCAGACAGAAAUAGUUAGAACUUAUCAGAGAAAAAAAUAUAUAUUUUGAAAUUUUGAGUGCGGGAACGAUUUACUGAAAAACCUGAAAUACUGGCGAGAACCGGAAUAUAAUUUUUCUCAAAACCCACAUUUAUAAAAUAAUUAUAUUAUCCUAAUUAAGCCAAAAAAUACUUUUGUUUUUAUGCAAAGAGCAGUCAAAUUAUUAAAUAAGUUAAAUUUUAAGCAUUUAAAUAAAACAUAAUAAACAUAUUAUUAUUUUAACUCUAUGUGAUAUGUGUAUAAUAAAUUUAAUAUUAAUAAAACAAAAAAUUAAAGUAAAAAUCUAAAUUUAAAAAUUGUGUUUCCUUUAUCUAAAGG